ACUCCUUUAAUCAUUAUUGUAAGCCUUGUGAGCGGUGUUCAAACUUUUAUCCCAAAAUCCAUUUUCUUGUCUCGAUCCAUUUUGUGUUCACCCUCCCGUCGGUGUAGGGAUCAUCUUCCACGUCUCCAUCACCGGCGACCAUUUCACGGUAACCUUUUGCAAGUUGACUGUUCCUUGCACCCAACUACACGCAAAUUGGUUCAAUCUCUUCCUUAUACUGGAUCGUUUUACUUUUGAAAAUUGUUGGAUUAUGAUUUUCUGAUAGAGAGGAAUAAAGAACGACUACGUCCAUUUGCUUGGUGUGUGCUGGGUAACAAAACCCUAAUUCUAAGAAUUAGGCAUCUCUCAAUUGUAUUUUAGGACUGAAAAUCAAUAAUCAAAUAAGAGAUGGAUAGUAAUUGGAGGGCUGGUCAGAGUGCAAGUGGUGGUGUUGGUGACUCCUCUAUGGAAUCUGGUGAUUGGAGAGCUCAACUGCAAGCAGACUCACGACAAAGGAUCGUGAACAAAAUAAUGGAUACCUUGAAGAGACAUCUUCCCUUCUCUGGACAUGAAGGGCUACAGGAACUUAAGAAAAUAGCUGUGAGAUUUGAAGAGAAGAUUUAUACUGCUGCAACAAGUCAGUCUGAUUACUUGCGGAAGAUAUCCUUGAAGAUGUUGACUAUGGAAACCAGAUCACAAAAUCCUAUGCCAGAUACUAUGCAGUCAAACUCUGGUGCUAAUAGUGUAAACCCCUCAGAUCCAGGCUCUCAGGUCAUGCAGCAAGUCAACAGCCAAGGUCAACCACUUCCUAUUCCUGUCCCCUCUAAUCAUCCUCAGCAAAACCAACAACUUUUGUCACAAACCAUGCACAAUAACCUCGGUUCAACUGGAAUCCAAGGUUCUUCUAGCUUAUCAGCUGCAAUGCCACCUGGCACUGGCUUAGCACAAUCUACAAUUUCAAAUGUUUCCAGCCAAAAUCCAAGCUUGCAGAACAUUCAAAAUAUGUCAGGGGUUCAAGUUCAACAAAAUUCUGUAGGAAAUACAAUGGGCCCCAAUAAUUUUGCAAAUCAAAGACAAAUACCAGGAAGACAACAACAACAACAGCAACAACAACUUGCUCCUCAACAACAACAACAGCAACAACAGCAGCAACAGCAACAACAACAACAACCAACUCAAAACUCUCAUUAUCUUUAUCAACAACAGUUACAACAAAUGGCAAAUAAGAAGCUCCAAGUCCAGCAAGGCAAUAUUGCACCAAUGCAACAAAUUCAGCAACAACAACAACAGCAACAGAAUUUGUUGCAGCCAUCUGUCAUGCAACCAACAAUGAUGCAAUCGGUUCAAAAUCAACAGUCUGUUGUACCACAAUCUAGUCAGCCUUUAAUGAACCAUCAACAAUCAGCUCUAAGACAACAAAGACAGCAGCAAGUACAAGUACAACCAACACAGCAGCAAGUACAAGUACAACCAACACAGUCAAAUCCAAUGGGGCAACAACCGAAUGCUACAAACAUGCAACAGAACCAGCUCAUGGGACAACAGAAUACCUAUUCAGACAUGCAACAGCAACAGAGGAUGUUAGGUCAACAAAAUAAGCCACAACAGCAUCUGAUUGGUCAACAUAACAAUCUUUCUGGUAUGCAACAGCAACAUAUUGGUCAAAGUAGUCAAUCAGGUGGUCAACAGCAGUUGCUUGGAACUCAAUCUGGUAACUCUGGAAUGCAACAACACAUGAUGCAAUCCAAGAUUCCUGUUCAAGUUCAACAACAGAAUCAGCAAAAUUCGGGGAGUUUGUUGCCAAAUCAAGUUCAACAGUCUCAGCCACAGUUACAGCAGCAAGUGAUGCCACAUAUGCAAACACAGUCAGCCCAGGUGGGUAUGCAACAACAGCCAAAUAUGAUGCAAGGGAAUAUGCAACAAAGGCUUCCAACAGCAGGUGGAUUUCAGCAGCAGAAUGUAAUUGAUCAACAGAAACAGCUUUUCCAACAACAGAGACCUAUGCAAGAGGCUUCAUCAACAUCAUUAGAUUCGACAGCUCAGACGGGUAAUGCUAAUGGUGGAGAUUGGCAAGAGGAAGUCUAUCAAAAGAUAAAAGCUAUGAAGGAUCUGUAUCUACUAGAUUUGAAUGACAUGCACCAGAAAAUUCUUGGAAAAUUACAGCAGCAUGAUUCUCUUCCUCAGCAACCGAAGAACGAGCAACUGGAGAAGCUAAAAGUGUUCAAAAACAUGUUGGAACGUUUCAUGGCAUUUUUACAAAUUCAAAAGCACAACAUUUUAGCCAAUUAUAAAGACAAACUGAGUACUUAUGAGAAGCAAAUUGUCCAUGUCAUCACCUCAAAUCGCCGGAAACCCGCCCCCACACAACAACAACAACCACAACCACAACCACAACAACAACAACUUCCUCCACCACAUAUGCAAUCACAAUCACAACAAACACAUUCCCAAUUGACACACGAAAACCCAAUGAGUUCUCAAAUGCAAACGGUCAAUCCGGUCAACCUACAGGGAAACUCACAGCAAAAUGGAAAUCCCAUGUCUUCUCUAACCGGGUGUUCAAAUUCUCAACAAACUAUGAUGAAUUCAAUGCAGCCCACUUCUAGUCUUGACCCAGGUCAAAGUAUGAGUGGGAGUGGGUCCCAACAAAUGAACAUGAAUCCCAUGGGUACCCUACAGCCGAACCCAAACAUGCUUCAUAUUAAACAACAAGAACAGCUUCUUCAAAGCCAACAACUGAAGCAAUUUCAAAAUCGCCAAAUGCAGCAACAAUUCCUUCAGAAACAACAACUCAUGCAACAACAACAACAGCAGCAAUUCAGACAACAGGGGACUCAAGUUAACCAAAUGACUCAGCUUCAUGAUACUGGUGGUGAUAUGAAACUCAGACAACAACAACAGCAAAUGGGGGGUGUGAAACCGGGAACUUUUCAACAGGUGGCGGGACAGCGGGCGGGGUACCACCAACAAAUGAAGCCAGGUGGCAGUCCGUUUUCACCUCAGUUAAUCCCAGGUGGCGGGUCCCCACAAAUUUCUCAACACGCGUCUCCACAGAUUGAGGGACAGAAUAUGUUUAAACCUGCUAACUCGCCUUUUACUGUUCCUUCACCUUCGACACCUGGAGCUUCUCCUCUACCAGGGGAGUUAAUGAGUGGUGUUGGUGUGUCAUCUUUGACCAAUGGUGGAAACAUUGGACAUGGACAUGGGCAAUUAAGUGGGGCAGUGUUGACUAGUCAAAAUCUUUCUAUCGGGACACCUGGCAUUUCGGCUUCCCCUUUGCUUGCUGAGUUCACUAGUCCGGAUGGAAAUGGUGUUGUGGUUUCGAUUGGGUCCGGGAAGUCUAGUGCUGCAGAACAGCCUCUCGAGAGAUUACUCAAAGUGGUGAAAUCAAUUUCAGCAAAUGCGUUGAGUUCAUCUGUUAAUGACAUUGGUUCAGUGGUGAGUAUGAUUGAUAGGAUUGCAGGAUCAGCACCAGGUAAUGGAUCAAGAGCUGCAGUUGGUGAGGAUUUGGUUGCCAUGACAAAAUGUCGGCUUCAAGCAAGAACUCUUGUCACUCAAGAGGGAACAAAUCCCAAUGCCAUUAGAAAGAUGAAAAGGUUCACAAGUGCAAUGCCUUUAAAUGUUGUUUCAUCUGCUGGAAGUAUGAAUGAUAGCUUCAAACAGUUGACUUGUGGUGAGACUUCAGAACUUGAUUCAACUGCAUCUUCUGCAAUCAAAAGGCCCCGCAUUGAGACGAACCACGCCCUUUUGGAAGAAAUAAAGGAGAUAAACCGAGGACUCAUAGACACUGUGGUGGACAUUAGCGCGGAAGAUGUUGACCCUGCUGCAGCCUCAACAGCCUCUGAGGGAGCUGAUGGAACUGUGGUUAAAUGCUCCUUCAGUGCAGUAGCUCUUGGUCCUAACUUAAAGUCCCAAUAUGCUUCAGCCCAAAUGUCACCUAUUCAACCUCUACGAUUGCUCGUUCCUGCAAAUUAUCCAAAUUGUUCUCCAAUUCUCUUGGAUAAGUUUCCAGUCGAAAUCAGCAAGGAGUAUGAGGAUCUAUCAGUGAAGGCGAAAUCAAGGUUCAGUAUAUCUCUAAGAAGCCUGUCACAACCGAUGUCACUUAAAGAAAUUGCAAGGACUUGGGACAUUUGUGCACGUGCUGUUAUCUCUGAGUAUGCUCAGCAAACUGGUGGUGGUACUUUCAGCUCUAAAUAUGGUACAUGGGAGAACUGCUUAAGUGUAGUAAACUAGUAAUGUAUUUCUUUUGAAGCUAAAAGUGUUAUUGUUACAAAAACUACUGAUGUUGUUGUUUGAUUGCAUCUGUCUACAGUUACUUUUUGCUUAUUUGUUAUGGUUGCAUAUUUAAGAAAAAAAAUAUAUCAUCCAAGAUGUGUAGAAUUUUUGGUUGUAUGAAAUUGUAAGUAGUAUAUAUAUCAAAUUAAACGUAGUUUAUGUUUAGGAGGGUUAGAGGC